CUUCAAAGACACCAAUUAUUUCUACCAAUACCAACUGGAGUAGAAAAUCCUAUGCAACAAAGGUGGCAAGAGUAUAGUCAACAAUUUAACUCUUGGCCAGCUCACCAACAAACAACAGCUUUGGACGAAAUAUCAAGCUUGCUCCAAGAACCUGCUAUUGUCGUGCAAGACUCAUGGGAACAACACACAAGGGGACGCCCAGUUGGUGCAAGGAAUGCACAAUCAUCUACCCGAAGAGACCCAUCUGCUUUUGAGUUAGCUGAACCGGGAAGAAGAAAAUGUGUAUUAUGUCAUAGAACUGGGCACAAUCAUAGAACAUGUCCUAAUAACAAUAAACAGAACUAA